GGGUACUGUACCUAUAAGGGUGUCAGGAUAAUUUGAACUAAAAGGUGUUGUGUAAUUGACAGCGUAGUUCAAGGUCUAGCUUUGACCGUUUAGACUGGAGAUUUGGCUUGAAAAUGGCUGUACCUGUUGUUGGUACCGUUAUUGCUGCUAUUGGUACCAAGGCGGUGAAAGAUCAUCGCAAAGCUGAGGAGGCCGCACGUAUGGACCAGAAUUAUAAGGAAAUCCGCAAAUGUUUGCAAGACAUUGCAUACUUCUAUGAAGACAGAGAGAGAAGACGCCGUAGAAAGAAUGCAGAGAAAAAGCCAGAUAGUGCAGACCAAGGAGAACAAGAAAAACAAAAAAAGAGAGAAUCUCUUGCUUUAGAAUGGGCUGAAGAGAAGAAAUCAAUGCCAUCGGAUGAAGUAAAGCGUGUUGACGAAUGUCGUCUAGUAACUAAGAAUUUUUUUGAGAAUGCCUACAGACUGCUGGAAAGGAAUCUCGUAGACAAGGAUGUGUUUGAAAAUAGCUUUUAUGCUCGUUCUGGUAACUUCAAGCGUUUGGUGGAGCCUCUUGAUAAAGCCAACUUUAAACUGGUGAACACAACAGAGGCAUAUGAGGAUGGAAGCCACAGACCAAGGAUUUACAUCACAAUUGAAAAGGCUGAAAGUAACCCUGCCACAAAGGGUUACUUUUAAUUGAUUUGAGAUCUUGAAAGUACUGCAACUGUUUUACAUACGUUUUUACGGUUUUUGGUUUUGUUAGUGAAUGAUUUCAUGUUAGUUGCAUGCACCUGACAUCCUGCUUGAUGUAUUGGGAGUUUGUGAAUAUUGGAAAGGCAAUUAAAGUAUCUGGAAACAUGUCAAAACGUGUGACUUUGCUAUACUAAGACCACCAGCCUCAAUUUGUGAAUCUGAAACUUUCAUUCUCUGGAGCUACUGUACUAGCUAGUCUAGAUAUAUAGUGUGCAAUACAUCA